UUCUUACAGUUGGCGAGUCUGGCUGUGACUUUUAAUUUUAUUGUCAUUGUGAAGUGCAUUUCUUGUUUUGUAUUAAUUUAAGUGAACCGUUUAAUAUUUUCUAUUUAAUAAUAAUACCCGGUAAACACAAAAUAUCCUUUAAUUUAACACACAAUGCCGCAAUACAAAGUUAAAGUAAAGUGGGGCAAGGAAACUUACCCAGACAUCGAAGUCAAUACAGAUGAGCCGCCUAUGUUGUUUAAAGCUCAGCUUUUUGCUUUAACGGGGGUAACCCCAGCUAGGCAAAAAGUUAUGCUGAAAGGGGUGACUUUAAAGGAGAGUGAUUGGGACAAUUUUAAACUUAAAGAUGGAAUUAUGAUACUUUUAAUGGGCAGUAAAGAGGAAGAUGUGCCAAAAGAGCCUGUCGAAAAGACUGUUUUUGUGGAAGAUAUGAAUGAGAGUGAAUUGGCAACUGCGUUAGAUUUACCAGCUGGCCUAACAAAUUUAGGGAACACUUGUUAUAUGAAUGCCACUGUUCAGUGUUUAAAAACAGUGCCUGAAUUGAGGGAUGCUUUACAAAGUUAUAAAGCAGAUGUAACAGGGGCAGCUGGAAUAAUUCCAGCUCAAUCCAUUACUGCAGCCCUUCGUGAUUUAUAUACUAGCAUGGAUAAAGGUAAUUCCAUUCCACCUGUUGUCCUUCUGCAAGUUCUCCAUUUGGCAUUUCCCAGAUUCGCUGAGAAAAACGAACACGGCGGUUUUUCCCAACAGGAUGCCAACGAAUGUUGGACCGAACUGGUAAGAAUGUUGCAGCAAAAACUGCUCGCUAAAUCCAGUGACAGUGGUACUAGUCAAGAAAAGUUCAAGUCGAUUAUUGAUCAGUAUUUUGGCGGAACUUUCGAUGUGGAACUAAAAUGCGUCGAGGCUGAAGAUGAACCAGUGGCCAAAAGUAAAGAAUCCUUCUUGCAGCUGAGCUGUUUUAUUUCCCAAGAAGUUCGUUACAUGCAUUCCGGGUUGAGGUCCAAGAUGCAGGAGCAGAUUACGAAAAAAUCGCCGUCAUUGGACAGGGACGCAGUAUACACAAAAACAUCUAAAAUUAGCAGACUGCCAGCCUAUCUCACAGUACAGUUUGUGAGGUUCUAUUUUAAAGAAAAGGAAGCUAUUAAUGCAAAAAUAUUAAAGGAUGUUAAGUUUCCUAUGGAUUUUGAUGCAUUUGAUUUGUGUUCUGAGGAGUUGCAAGAAAAAUUGACACCAAUGAGGUCCAAAUAUAAGGAUUUGGAAGAUGCUCUAGUUGAACAUUCUGACAAAGACAAAAGCAAAAAAAUAGGAGAUGGGGCAGUUGCCAGCAAAGACAAAACAUAUGCACCCUACUGGUUUGAAGAUGACUUGGGCAGCAACAACAGCGGUUACUACACCCUGCAAGCGGUCCUCACUCAUCGCGGAAGGUCGUCUUCGAGCGGCCACUACGUCGGCUGGAUUCGACGCGAGGGCGACGAAUGGGUGAAAUGUGACGACGAUACAGUGUCGUCCGUCACCACCGAAGACAUCCUAAAAUUGUCCGGCGGCGGUGACUGGCACUGCGCCUACGUCCUCCUUUACGGACCAAGACGAUUGGAGAUCGAGGAGGUCAAAGAGGCCGCUGAAGAGAUGGUCACUGGAGAGUAGAGGGCGCUUUUUUUGUUUAAUUUUUUUGUACAAUUACGGAUACUGACUAAUAAAUAUAAAGAAUUUCAUUAUUU